UGUCUUGAACAGUCUUACUGAGUCUUACUACGGCAACGGACGCGGUCGGAGGCUUUCGCACCACAUGUAAACUCUACAAGCUUCAAAAUUGUGUUGAAAGUGAUUUCUACUUACUGUGAGACAAGUGCGCAAAAUCUCUAAAUAAAUAGAAAAUCCCUAGAUUUAAAUAAUUUUCAAAAUGUAAUAAGAUUUGUUUUUAAAAAUGUGAUAGAUGUUUUGUAAAGUGGUGCAGAUUUGAAUUGGAAACUAGUUUUUCAAACGUGGGUGGUAUCGAGACUAACGAGAUCGAAGGAUUUUGUUAUUUAAGGAUCACAGAGAAGAUACGAUGAACAAAGCUGAGCUGAACAUCGUCCUGCGGGCGGAAUCCCCAAAAAGUUCCACGACAAUGAAUCACUCUCACAUUCCGGUUCCAAAAAUCUCAAGCACGAUGAAGCUGCAUGAUAGAUUGCCUCCUCGAAGAGGCUCUAUAGAAAAAACGGCUGGAAAGACCAUAUCGGUUGCAGCCCAAAGAGCAGCUUUUGAAAAACUAGAUGCAUUAGCAGCUGGUCAGAAAAAUCGGAACAAUAUCAAUCUUUCGAAUGUUGAAUUGAAGAGUCCCGAGAGAAGAUUGUCUCCUGCGAGAAAAGUGGAAUAUACAUCAAGAUUGAAUAGUCCACUCAGUCCAAAAGUAAAUAGUCCUCUCAGUCCAAAAGUAAAUAGCCCGCUCAGUCCGAAAUUAAACAGUUCAAGAUUAAAUGGCCCAAAUAGUCCCAACUUGAACAGAAGCAACAGUUUUAUGGAAAGCAAGUGGAAAAGUAAAUACGAGGACUCGGAAAAGCGGCGGAAACUUUUGCUUCAAAGAAGCGAAUCUGUAAAUAAAGAAAAUGCUGAGCUGGAAAAGAAGUUUCAACAAUUGCAGAGACAGAAUAGCAAUUUUCAAACACAAAUGCAAGAUAAGGAACAAGAACUCCAAAAAUUACGUACAGUUUCCGAGGCGGUCUGCAAAGAAUAUGAGCAGCUCAAGAGGCAAUAUGACGUCGAGACAGGAGCAAUGCAUAAGGCGAUGCAGCAGGCAUCUCAAUGGUACAGACAGAAUCGUGAACUCAAGAGAAGGUCUCAGGUGAUAGCGCAGAAGAUAUUGGAAUCCAACCCGGAUGGCUUGCCCGAUGUGGAUUUAUCCGAUGAGGUCGAUUCUAAUAACGAAGAUUUAGAACAGUUGAGAGAAACAGUCAGAGAAUUAAGCAAAGAAGUGGCGAGGUUACAGACGGAAUUAAAUUCAGCACGAUUACAAGAAUUCGAAGCUCAAGAGCAAGUUACAGUUUUAACUGCCCAGCUAGAAGAAGAAAAAGCUGCUAGACAAACUGACCAAGAAAACAUGAGGGAAUUAAGGCAGAAGCAAGAAAAUAUGGAACGCAUUACAAGAAUGGUUGCUGAAGAAGUACAGACUCUGAAAACUCAAUGUGAUCGAGAAAGGGAAAAUGCCAAGAUGAUGAAGAUAGAGGCUGAUAGAGUUCAAAAAGAGAGAAACGUCCUCGCUCAUCAAUCCGCGCUUCUGAUGGCAGACGUUGGCGACGAGCCAGGUGGAAGAUUAGUGACUGUCCUCCAGGAGGUUGAAUCUCUGAAGAGAUCAUUGGAAGAAGAGCAGCAUAAUCACACAACUCAAAUUCUACUAUUACAAGAAAAAUUAGAGGAGAAGGAGUCGGACGUAGAGUUUGAAAUUGUCGAAGAGAAGCUGAGGCUCGCCGAGUCGGAACUCGAGAUGGUUAUGCAGAAGGCGGAGAGAGCAGAGAAGAAUGCUGAACACUUGGAAGCAGUCGUCAAAGAAUUGGAGAGCAAAUUAGCAAACAUGGAAGCAAAACGAAAUCAACCUCCUCCGCCACCUCCACCACCGCCACCACCUCCGCCGAUGUUUGCCAACAAUCAAUCCUCCCUGAAAUUAAUAACAAGAGAAAAAAUGUCCGGAGAGAGAGAAUCCGCUGUUAGCGACAUGGAGAAAAUGCUUGGGAUCACCAAAAAACCAACGACGAUUUUGCAACAGCCUGCCAUUGAUGAUAUCAUCAACCAGAUAAAAGGCGGAAGGUUUACUCUUAAACAUACUGAGAAGGAAAGAGAAGAAGAAAGAAGGAGAAAGCAAGAAGCUGAAAGUGCACCUCCAGCAGUUUCUGAAAUGUUGAAUAUUUUGGGAACCAUGAGGAGAAGAGCGAAGCCCACUAGACAAUCUUUCAAGUUCGCGAAUGGACCUUCAUAACACUUUUCUUUUAAUAUGAGUUUUACCACAGUGCCAAGAAGUGAAAAUAGAAUUUAAGAUUGUUACGCUAAGAUUAGUGUAUGAAAAUUUAGUAUCGUUAACUGUACUAAAUAAAUAUUGUUCUUUUUUACUUUAA